CUUCCCGCGCGCAGGCCGCCCCGCGCCAUUUCCGCUCCUCUCCGGCCUCCUCCCGGGGCCGCGCGCCGCGGACCCUCGAGCGGCAUGAGGCUGCCCCCCACGACGUGCUGGCUGCUGCUCUGGCUGCCGCCUCUGGCCGCGCAGCCCGCGGGCGCCGAGCGCGGGGAGGAGGAGGCGGCGGCCGUCUCAGUUUCUAGGUGUAAAGCUUUGAAGGAGAUGGAUUUAAUUAAAGCUUCUCUGUCGGACUGUUACUGCUACAAUCAAAAUUCCCAAGUGAAAUGGAAGUAUAUAUGGUCAACUGUGCAGGUGCAAAUUACCAGUCCAGGCCCGUUCAGUGUUGUAUAUAUCACAGAAAGGUAUAAUUGCCAGUAUCCAGAAACCAUCCUCUCCAUCAUCAGAUGUAUGUUUCAUAACUUUUGGACACCAGAGGAGUCUAAUGAUAGAACCAUAAUCAUCCAUCCAUACGGACAGACUGUCUGUUUCUCUGUGAAGCCAGCCAGGAAGAUAUUUAUGUAUACAAUAAGUGUGAAACAAAACAUUGUGGAUUUCAAGCUCGUCUUUGUGUUUGUGGUGGGCAUCUUCCUCUUCUUUUACGCAGAGACCUUGAGUCAAAGCCCCGUUUUCUUUUACUCUUCGGGGACUGUGCUAGGUGUUCUAAUGACAUUAGUCUUUGUCCUGUUGCUGGUGAAAAAGUUCAUUCCUAAGUAUAGCACCUUUUGGGCUCUAAUGCUUGGUUGUUGGUUUGCUUCAGUGUAUAUUCUGGGGCAACUGAUGGAAGAGCUGAAGAGACGGUGGUAUGAAAGCAGGAUGUGUGUAUUAGGCUACAUCCUGACAGUUGGCUGCGUCAGCUUUGCUGUUUGCUACAAGCACGGGCCCCUGGUGGAGGAGAGGGACAUGGUGCUCCUGGCAUGGCUGCUGCGGCUGCUGUCCCUGCUCCUGGUGUACAUGGGGGUGGCCGCGCCCCAGUUCGCCUGCACGGCCGCCCUGCUCCUCGUCCUGGCGUCCGGGAGUCGCUGCUAUCUACCAAGUGCACUCGCCUGUGUCGGGAGGAAAAUGAAGAAAUGGUUCACAUCAGAGAAGCUGGCGGUGAAGCUUCUUACUGAAGACCAGUACAGGGAACAAGCUGAUGCCGCCACAACCUGCGCCCUGGAGGAGCUCCGCCAGGCCUGCCGCAGCCCCGGCUUCCCAUCCUGGCUGGCGGUCUCCAGGCUCCAGGAGCCGAAAAAGUUUGCAGACUUUGUUCUGGGAGGAAGCCACUUGUCGCCUGAAGAAGUGAGGCUCCAUGAGGAACAAUAUGGCCUUGGGGGCGCCUUCUUGGAAGAGCAGCUCUUUAACCUGAGGACUCCUGACAGUCUGCCUGCACAGUGACUUCAUCCUGGACAAGGAAGUGGGCAUGCGCAGGGAUGCAGAGCUGUUCCAAGGAGCAGUGGCCAAAGCAUUCGCCACAGAGAAACAUCAAACCAUACUGGAAAGGAAAGCUAAACUUUAUUGAAGAUAACUGAUCCUUCUUGGUCAGUUCUGUGUAUUGUCCUGUAGGUGGCCACUGAGAUCGUGUGACGGUCAUUAUCACUUUGCUUGAAUGAAGACUCGUUAGGAACAAGGGAAUCGUGUUGAUCUUCAAAGGUCCAAUUAAUAUGAAUAAGUUCCUUGUCAACUCCAGGGCAUUAAAGCGUCUCUUAAACCCCAGAACCUGCAACAAAAUAGUGCAUUGCUCUUCCUGUGUGUUAUCAGUGUAAGGGCUGGGAGAGACCUGGGAUAUCCUGGACCAAUGUUUUCCAAAGCGUAGUCCACAGGAUGCUGCCGUGUUAGCAGCUAAGGGAUCCUGAGGUCAACCAAGAUGGAUACACGAUUAGAUAAACAUACUGCAGGACUUAUCAGAGCCUUUAGUAAUGCUGAUGCCUGUUGUGUGAGCCUCCUGAAGAGGAGAAAUGGUGUGUAGCAGUCUCUGACUUAAUUUGAAAACAGAACCCUUCUUUAUGACAUUAAUAUUCCUUGGACAGAAUGUUUAGAAAAUGCUGAUGGUGGAGGAAUGGAGACUUGGAAAAGUUAAAUAACUUAUCCAAGACCACAGAGAUUUUUAGAGGCAGCUCUGGGACUAGAAUUCCAGCCCUACUCUUUCCUGUGAUUCAGGUAGAAGAGACUUCUAGAAGCAAGCUGAGGGGCCGUCUCUCCACAGCCUUGGGUCUUAACAAUAUUGCUGACGUAUUUUUUUACUUUUUAAUAAUACCCAAGUAACUGAUAACUUCAAUAAAGAGAAACAUUUCCUAAGGUUAUAUUUUAAA